AUGACGACCAUCCAGGAUCUUGGCAGAGUUGUUGAUGCUGCCUUAGCGUACGAAAGUGCUUGGCCCGAGGUUGGGGGAAUUUCCGGAUCCUCAUUUGCUUGCUCCGAAAUCAUCAGAGUUGCGGAAUCCAUCCGAGGCAAAUUUGAGAUUAUCACCAUCCCCCAGUCCACACUGGAGGCUGGUAAGCUGGGAGUCGCUUGGGAUGUUCAGUUGGAGCAACCGUCUCAUCUCAAGAUCGACCAAGAUUGGGAGUCGUUCACUCACUCUUUUAUCGCUGAAAUCAUCCGUGGUGCGUGCGAUGGGGCCUGGCUGGUCUCUGACGAUUGGAAUCAACUUCUUCCCCACCUCAAACUCACCACCGUGGAAGACUUCUUGACGGACAUAUGGAAGGACUAG